UUGCAUAUCCGACUGGUAGGUUUCUAGUUAACUCGAGCCUUGUGAGUAAAAUUAGAUAGAAAAUGUGUGAAAAUCAGAUGGACUGCAAUCUUAAUUGAAAUGACCAGUUUUGUCACUCACUGUCACAUCAAUUAUGCCCCAGCUUUCAUGUUAUACGUACAUGUGUCUGUGACGUAGCCAGCCACUUGCACAAUAAUUGAGCGAGUAGUUAACUGAGUUGAACGAACAACUGGAGGAGUAUUCAUUGUCGAAACGAACAGAGGAGUUGUUUUUUCUUUUUCUUUUCUUCAUUCGUCGGUUCUUAUACAACUAUAUUUAUUUCCUGACAUAAAAAGAUGAAAAGAUACUAUCCCAGGGCUUGUUUUCAUUGACCUCAUUUUAGUAACAUCAUUUCAUAUUAUAUAAAAAAAAAAUUUCAGUAAUUUAUAAGAAUUAUAAAAAUAUAGUUUAAUGAUACUGUCAAUAUCUUUCCUACAAUUCUCGGUUGUUAAUAACAAAAUUAUUAAUUUAGCAUUGUUUAAUACAAUUAAGAUGUUUAUUUUUAUACAUCUACGUUAUACAAUAUACUUUACGAAUUCAAGUCCCGCUGCGAUCAAUUUUAUUUUUUUCAUCCUUCUAACAUUGUCGAAACGAUUUUAUAUCCUCGCCACAAUAUCAUUUUUAUGUUUUGGAGAGAAAUUUUCUUUUCUUUUUUACUUUUUUAAUUUAUAAAUUAAUUCUUCUUCUUUUAGUUAACUAUUGAUUAAUUUUCUAAUUUAUGUACAAUUUUUUUCUUCCCUUGGAUUUCUUUUCCGUUUGAAAAACACAUUCCACUUUCUUGAGAAAACCGGCGGGAAAUUCUGAUUAACGAAGAAAACAAAACUCUAAGAAGCAGACGUAGGCGAGCUUUCUGUACAAGUUUUUAGAAGUCAAUAAGUUUGGUGAACGACUCAAACUAAUAUAUUUAUUGGCUGUCAACGAUGAGUAAAAACAAAGACGUACAAAAAGCAGUGUUGGAGUAUCUUAAUCAACAAAAUCGCCCUUAUAGUGCAAUUGAUAUAUUCAACAACCUUCAUAAAGAAUUUGGCAAAACAGCUGUUACAAAAUCCCUCGACGAAUUGGCUGAAUCUGGCAAAAUUAAAAAGAAAACCUAUGGCAAACAAUGUGUAUAUGUUGCCAACCAGGAUAAUUUUCCAACUGUAAGUGAUGCUGAAAUGAAAACUCUGGAAACGGAUAUUCAGAAGCUGACUUCCAAGUUACAGAACUUACAAAAUGAAGUCAAUUUAUUAGAAAAGGAACAGAAACAAAUUAGCAGUUCAUUGCCCACUGAAGAAGCUCAGAAACAACUUGAAACUUACACCAAAGAUAAUGAAAGGCUGUCUGAGAAACUAGCUAAAUUAAAAGCUGGGAACGCAACUGUUAUCACAAAAGAAGAAAAAGAUAAGGUUUACCAAGAAAGACAGAAAUGUGUUAAAGAAUGGAAAAAGAGAAAACGAAUGGCCAAUGAUAUUUUAAAUGCCAUCCUAGAAGGUUACCCCAAAACCAAGAAACAUUUAUAUGAAGAAAUUGGUGUUGAAACUGAUGAAGACUGUGGUGUGACUAUUCCAAAUAUUUAAAGUCACAAAAACCAUUGAAACCAGUCUAUUUAUAGCAAGACAGAAUUGUUUAUUUCAAUUGAAAUUUAUUUUAUGUUGAAAAUAAUUUAUUAAUUCACUUGGUAAGUUUUGUUUAUUUGGUUGUCAUUUAUUUCAUUUUGUUUUAAAACUUGUUUGAUAAUGUUGAUUUUCAAAGGCCAUGUUAUGGGAAAAUGGAAAUAGGAUUGCUGUUAAAUCCAGGUAUUUCCUGGGAGUAUUUUUGUGUAGAUAUAAAGCAACUUGAAGGAGAGACAACCCAUACUACCUGCUGUUUGUCUGUAGUCGUUACACAGUAAAAGGCUACAUAAUGUAGACCUCGUCCUCCAAGUCAUUAUUGGUAGCACUACUGUGUGGAAACAUUUCUUGUUAUUUAAACAUCAACAGAAAGCAAAACGAGCCCACUUUUCUCAGGUAAGAGGCUCCAUGUCUUGGAGACUAGAUUAAUGACAUUCUCCAAAUCAGACUUUCAAAGGAGGCUCAAACAAGAUGGGAAAAGCUGGAAGUCAUCAGAAAGGAAUGCAGGGGACCAUAUGAUGAUGGCCUGGGGUUUACAGGAAGCUGAAGAGCUAACAAUAACCACAAAUGCUUACGGUAUAUAUGAAGUGAAAGGAGUUUUAACUAAAACUGAAACCUGUAUUUAUAUUACUUUUUUCUCUCAUCUGUAAACUGAUUGAGAAUUUCUUUUAAACUUACCUCUAAAAUGUGUUCUUUAUUAUUACUACCAGUUGGUUGUGACAUUUCAUUUCUCACUACAAUCUCUGUUACCUUUUUCCGGUAUUAGAAUAAACACAGAGGGCUGUUCUAAAGGCCUUAAUACUAUUUACUUACAUGUCUGUUAGAAUCCUAUUCCCACUUGGGUCAUUUUUGCCUUUCAUCCUCCGAUGUGGUUAAUAAAAUAAGUACCAGCCAAAUACUGGAGCUGAUAUGAUCAACUA